AUGUGGCACAUACCUGACGACGAAGAUGUUACGGCAUAUCCUCACAUCAGUUACACUGCCGGAGGCAUCCAGGUGCCUGAGGGUGGCCUUACACCGCUGUUUGAUCACGACCGCUAUCCACCUGGCUUGCUGCCCAACGUUGAACGCACCGUUCAUGCACCGCACCCACUGUCAUUCUACCGGCCGCAAGUGGAGGCACAUGGGAGUAUGCAGGCGCGUGUGCGCUCGAUGCCUCCUGUGCAAACUGCCUCUCAGGCUGAGCUCCGCCAUGUUGACCAGAGUGAGUCGGAAUACAAUCUCACGAUCGUCCACCAGCGCUGGAUGCAAGCUGUCACACGCGAAAGUGACGCAGUAUUAGCCCUGCAGAUAUUCCAAAUUAAGCUUGGAUUGAUGAAGAGGCAGUUGCGCGCUGCUAAGGCCGACGUACGCAGGGCCGAAGCCAAUCUGAAGGUGGCGCAGGAAAUGUGUCGCAACGUAUGCAAGGAAGAUGACGUGGAAUUUACGAGUGCCAUUGAGGAAAAUGAUGACUUCGUCAAGUCAGACAGCGAGUGA